CCUUACAGACUAUAUGUGCGGGCUACACACACCCGUUGGAGACCCCUGAUCUAAACAAUUAAUAGGUAUUUGGUAGAGCAUUGCGUCACCAAAGGUCAUGGGUUCGACCCAUGGUGUUGCAUACUGAAUUUGUACUAUAUGGGGAGGCUGCCUACUCAAUUUGUAUGAUGUACUGUAUAUCUUAUCCAUGUCGCUUUUGAAAAAAGCGCCUGCCAGAUGCGCAAAUAUGUAAAUGUAAAACAUCACAAAAGACCGGAUCGUGUUAUCUAAAAUUACUGUAGCAAAAAAUUGACUUUAAUUACAAAAUUACACAAUUAUUCUCUGCUUUUUUUUAAAGGAGCAAUUUAAAUGCCAAUCAUGUCUUUGUUCUCAUUGUGCUUUUGAGAUUAAUUAAGCCCCACCUCUGUAGAAGUCACUCACCUGUCCGCAUCUGCAGCGACUCGCACAUCUGCGUGGCGUGCGUGCGCUCAUUAAAUACGAGCAUCACCGCGCGUGUCCUUAAAACCCCCGAAGCUAUCACUCAAAGCGCACAACAUCCAUCACACGUGGAUCCUUAUCACACCCGCCGUCCAGAUGCAUCUUAAACAUGCCAUACCAUGCUUCAUGCUGUGGGCUGUUGCUUCUGGCUGUGCUACACAGCUGGACGUCAACAUCAGCACAUUUGACAACCUCCAGCUGUUGGACCACGGACACUGCCUCUUCAGAUCCAUCCUGCCAUCUGAUACAGCAGUACAGGUACUGGUUUGUGUUUUUGUGAUGAUGACCAUCAUCUCACUUUUUGUGAAUCUUUGCACGUUGCUUAGUAUUGGAAGUUCAGAAGACCUAUCCUGGGAGCCAAGGUUCGCUCUGCUAAAAAAUCUUAUUGUGAGUGACGUUUUGCUCAUUGUCACCCAAGGUCCGACAGUGACAUAUUGCCUGCUGCAGAAAACCACGUUGCAUUACGGAGCUUGGUGUCUCAUGCAGUUCUUCAUUAACACAAUCUGCGUUUUCUGCACUGUGCUUACGGUCACCUGCAUGGCUCUGGAGCGUUACCUGUACGUGUGCCAUGCCAUCUACUACCUGUACAUUUUAACCACUAAGCGCCUUCACCUAAUAGUUGGGCUCACCUGGUUUAUUUCAGUAGGUCUUUCUGCAGUAACCACAGGAUUGAUCACUGCAGGACAUAAGCCCUCAUUGCUGGGACAACCGACUACGGGACUCCUUUGUGAACCAGACACCAUAGAGACACAUCUGGGUUUCCCACGGGCUCCAGCAGUCUUUCGUAAAGUGGUAGGGCUUGGUUUGACCAUUAUUUGUGUCUUUUCAUAUUUUUUCUCAUAUCUGAGGAUGUAUCAGGAGGCAAGCAACGCCGUACAACCGUUCCAACAGGUAAACAAAAGGGCACGCAAAACUGUGCUCUUCUACUGCUCCAUGUUUCUACUUCAGCUGCUCCCCAUCUUUUUAAAGAUUGUGUCCGAUGCUCUGUGGGAACUUCAAGGCACCAUAGCGAUGAUUCAUUCACUGAAUUACCCUCCAGGCUGGACCUCAGCAGGGACUCUGCACAUCAUGUUGGUGGUCAUGCUGCAAGUGCCACCUUGUAUAAAUCCUCUCAUCUACGGUCUGCAUAACAAGGAGGUGAGAAAAGCUCUGCCCAGGUUGCUGUGGUGGAAACAACACAGAGACCGUGCAGGGAUUACAGAUAAUCAAUAAAGGCAACUCUUGAGAUCUUUCAAGAGGUUUUUAGUCCUUUGACAACAUUUUAAAGACGCCGAGUGGUUUGAGAGGAUUAAGAAUGAACAUGUAGCUUUUUUGUUUUAUAUGCGUAACUCUUGUUAUUUUAAAGUUUAUUGUGAAAAAUAGUUAUUUAAAUGCAAUGUCUUAAGCCAUUACCUUAAAAUAUAUGUACAGAGUGCAAAGAUAUUGUAAAUUAUUAUGUAAUUAAAUGCACAAUAGAGUACCUUAAUGCAAGAUGGAUAUAUUUGUAAACUUUACACUGAAUAUGCAUUUAAUGAUUUUAUUAAUGUUGUUUUAUUUACAUCGAAUCUGCCUUCUUAAA